AUGGUCGGCGAUGCCCAGAUUGGCAAGACGUCGCUCAUGGUCAAGUACGUCGAGGGCAGCUGGGACGAGGACUACAUCCAGACGCUGGGCGUCAAUUUCAUGGAGAAGACAAUUAGCAUUCGCAACACGGAAAUCACAUUUUCCAUCUGGGACCUGGGCGGCCAGCGCGAGUUUGUCAACAUGCUCCCGCUCGUCUGCAACGACGCAGUCGCCAUCUUGUUCAUGUUUGACCUGACGCGCAAGAGCACGCUCAACAGCAUCAAGGAGUGGUACCGGCAGGGGCGAGGUUUCAACAAGACGGCCAUUCCCGUCCUGGUCGGCACCAAGUACGACCACUUUGUCAACUUUCCGAUCCAGGACCAGGAGGAGAUUUCCAGCCAGGCAAGACGGUUUGCCAAGGCUAUGCGGGCGUCUCUGAUUUUCUCAAGUACAAGCCAUAGCAUCAACGUGCAAAAGAUUUUCAAAAUUGUCCUGUCCAAAGCAUUUGACCUCAAGUGCACCAUUCCCGAGAUCGAAAACGUCGGCGAGCCGUUAUUACUAUAUCAGUCUGUGUGA